AUGGCAUCCACAUUUGAGGUUGAAGAAAGCAGGAGUGUCUCAGAGGAGGUGAAUGAGACUGAAGAGUGCCCAGUGAAACAAGUGGAAUUCACUGUACCUAAAACUGAUGACCCCACCAUGCCUAUUCUCACGUUCAGAAUGUGGUUUCUGGGUGUUGUUUCGUGUGUACUAUUGUCCUUUGUGAACCAAUUUUUUUGGUACAGAACACAGCCUUUGAGUGUUACCUCAAUUUCUGCCCAGAUUGCUGUUGUUCCAAUUGGCCAUUUCAUGGCAAGGACGUUGCCAACUCGUGUCUUCUUCAAGGAUACAAGGCUUGAAUUCUCGCUCAAUAGGGGACCAUUCAAUAUCAAGGAGCAUGUUCUCAUAACCAUCUUUGCCAAUUCGGGUGCUGGAACUGUCUAUGCUACUCAUAUUUUGAGUGCUGUGAAGCUCAUGUAUAAAAGAAAACUGAGUUUCCUUCCAGCAUUACUUGUUAUGCUCACUACUCAGGUGCUGGGAUUUGGUUGGGCAGGUCUGUUUAGGAAGUUUCUGGUUGAGCCAGGGGAAAUGUGGUGGCCUUCUAAUCUUGUCCAGGUCUCAUUAUUCAGUGCUCUACAUGAGAAAGAUAAAAGACCAAAAGGAGGCACAACCCGUACUCAAUUUUUCCUCCUUGUCUUGAUCUCUGGCUUGGCUUACUAUGUGCUUCCUGGCUACCUGUUUUCAAUGUUGACCUCUUUCUCAUGGCUAUGUUGGCUUGCCCCCAAGUCUAUACUAGUUCAACAACUUGGUUCUGGCUUGAAGGGUCUUGGGAUUGCUGCAUUUGGAUUUGAUUGGUCUACAAUUUCUUCUUAUCUUGGCAGUCCAUUAGCCAGCCCAUGGUUUGCCACUGCUAAUAUUGCUGUUGGAUUCCUUAUCAUUAUGUAUGUGAUGACACCAAUUACUUACUGGUUGAAUGCCUAUGAUGCCAAGAAAUUUCCAAUAUUUUCAAGUAAGCUUUUUAUGGGAAAUGGUUCAGUGUAUGACAUUUCAAGCAUCGUUGAUUCUAAUUUCCAUCUUGAUCGCAAUGCUUAUUCAAAGAAAGGGCCUAUACAUCUCAGCACAUUCUUUGCAAUGACUUAUGGUCUAGGAUUUGCGACACUUUCUGCUACUAUUGUGCAUGUGAUGCUCUUUCAUGGAAGGGAAAUAUGGAUGCAAAGUAAGAAGGCCUUUGUUGACAAUAAAAAAAUUGACAUACACACAAGACUUAUGAGGAGGUACAAAUCAGUCCCCAUGUGGUGGUUUCACAUCAUACUAGUGGUGAACAUAGCUCUUAUUAUUUUUUCUUGUGAGUACUAUAUCGAAUCACUUCAAUUGCCUUGGUGGGGCGUAUUGCUAGCUUGUGCAAUUUCCAUUUUCUUCACUCUUCCAAUCGGUAUAAUAGCAGCCACUACAAAUCAGGCACCUGGUUUAAACAUUAUAACAGAAUACAUCAUUGGUUACAUGUAUCCAGAGCGCCCUGUGGCUAACAUGUGCUUUAAGGUGUAUGGUUACAUUAGCAUGACUCAAGCAUUAACCUUUUUGCAAGACUUCAAACUCGGUCACUAUAUGAAGAUUCCACCAAGAACAAUGUUCAUGGCACAGGUAGUAGGAACAAUCGUAUCAGUGAUUGUAUAUACAAUAACUGCAUGGUGGUUGAUGGGGACGAUCCCUGACCUUUGUGAUACAUCCAAAUUGCCACCUGAUAGCCCUUGGACUUGCCCAAUGGACAAUGUCUUCUAUGAUGCAUCUGUUAUAUGGGGUCUUCUUGGACCUCGUAGAAUCUUUGGAGACCUUGGUGAAUAUAGCAAUGUGAAUUGGUUCUUUCUUGGUGGAGCCAUUGCUCCUCUUCUAGUUUGGCUUGCUCAUAAGGCAUUCCCAAGCCAAACUUGGAUACCUCUUAUUCACAUGCCUAUUUUAUUGGGUGCUACAUCAAUGAUGCCACCUGCAACAGCAGUGAACUUCACCAGUUGGAUAAUUGUUGGCUUUCUCUCAGGGUUCGUUGCAUAUAGAUAUCGACCAGAAUGGUGGAAGCGCUACAAUUAUGUUUUGUCUGGUGGUCUUGAUGCUGGAACUGCCUUUAUGACAAUCUUAUUGUUUCUGAGUUUGGGUUCUUACAACAUUUCUCUUAACUGGUGGGGAAAUAAUCUUGAAGGGUGCCCUUUGGCUUCUUGUCCUACUGCAAAGGGCAUUGUAGUUAAAGGUUGCCCUGUUCAUUGAUCACUACAAGAUUCUUCGUUUAGCUACAUUGAGAUUUGUAUAGUUCUAACUUCUAAGACAAUCAAAUGCUUCAACUACUGUAAUUAUGCUCAUGAAAAUAA